AUGAAGAGUAUCGAGCUGUUUUUGGUUUUUGGACAGUCGGCGGCGGCGGACCUGAAAUACUCGGUCAUGGAGGAGAUUGAACGAAUAGAGAAUGCGGUGAAACAGAGCUUGGUCGAAUAUGAUAACUUGGAGAUUGUCAGGGAAGACUUCUGCAGCAAAUAUGGGAGUCACUGCACGAAUCAAACAGAAAACGGCCUCUGCAAAAACUUCGUUAACGGAUACGUAUGUGGCUGUCAACCAGGCUUCGUGAAAGACUUUCGCUCUUCUUAUCACCUUUGUAAAGACAUCAAUGAAUGCACGAUGCGAUCACAUGAUUGCCCGAGAAAUACGAUUUGUAAAAACACGAACGGAAGCUAUAAAUGUAUUGAAAAGAAGAUUUCUUUCAACGAGAAACUCGUCAAUUUUUUCUUUUGGAUUUUUUCUGAAUAA